UGGGCAGGGCCGAGGCGACGACGACGGCGGCGAGAGCGAGAGACGGUGGCGCGACAAGGGCCCUCAAGCCCGGCCACCAUGAGCACCAAGCAAGUCACUUGCAGGUAUUUUAUGCAUGGUGUGUGUCGGGAAGGAAACCAGUGCCUGUUCUCACAUGACUUGGCCAACAGCAAGCCAUCCACCAUCUGCAAGUACUAUCAGAAGGGCUACUGCGCCUAUGGGACUCGUUGCAGAUACGAUCACACGAGACCUUCUGCUGCAGCUGGUGGUGCUGUGGGCACUGUGCCCCAUGGCGUGUCCUCCCCGGGUUUCCAUAGUCCUCACCCUGCUUCUGACCUCACUGCAUCUAUUGUGAAAACUAACUUACAUGAGCCUGGGAAACGUGAAAAGAGAACACUGGUACUUCGAGACCGAAAUCUCUCUGGCAUGGCUGAAGAAAAGACUUGCCCAAGUGUGGUGAGUAAUCCAGGAGGCUGCAGCGAUCUCCAGAAUGGCCCAGAGAUGAAGCCACAUUCCUACCUCGAUGCCAUCAGGAGUGGCCUUGAUGACUUAGAAGCCAGCAGCUCCUACAGCAGUGAGCAGCAGCUGUGCCCCUACGCGGCUGCUGGGGAGUGCCGAUUUGGGGAUGCUUGUGUCUACCUGCACGGGGAAGUGUGUGAAAUCUGUAGGUUACGAGUGCUGCACCCCUUCGACCCAGAGCAAAGGAAAGCUCAUGAGAAGAUCUGCAUGUCGACAUUCGAACACGAGAUGGAAAAGGCCUUUGCCUUCCAAGCAAGUCAGGACAAAGUGUGCAGUAUCUGCAUGGAAGUGGUCCUUGAGAAGGCGUCUGCUUCUGAGAGGAGGUUCGGGAUUCUCUCCAACUGCAAUCACACGUACUGCCUGUCCUGCAUUCGGCAGUGGAGGUGUGCCAAGCAGUUUGAGAACCCAAUCAUUAAGUCUUGUCCAGAAUGCCGUGUGAUAUCAGAGUUUGUAAUCCCAAGUGUGUACUGGGUAGAAGAUCAGAAUAAAAAGAACGAGUUGAUCGAAGCUUUCAAACAGGGAAUGGGGAAAAAAGCUUGUAAAUACUUUGAGCAAGGCAAAGGGACCUGCCCAUUUGGAAGCAAAUGCCUUUACCGCCAUGCUUACCCUGACGGGCGGCUGGCAGAGCCUGAGAAACCUCGGAAGCAGCUCAGUUCUGAGGGCACUGUGAGGUUCUUUAAUUCAGUGCGACUCUGGGAUUUCAUUGAGAACCGAGAAAGCCGGCAUGUCCCCAAUACUGAAGACGUUGACAUGACAGAGCUUGGGGACCUCUUCAUGCACCUGUCUGGAGUGGAGUCGUCAGAACCCUAAGGAGUAGCCAGUUACCCCUGUACCUUGGGCUCUGCCGGCCAAGCCUUCCCAAGCUAGGGUGUGCGGAGCUUCCUUCACUGCAGCCUGAGCUGCACCUGACCUUGGUCUCAUCCACUCCAUUAUUACAGCCGUGGGAGGAGUGAAGGAUAUAAAAUAACCCAACAAGUAUAUGGAAUCGCUACUUUUA